GGCUCAAAGCAGACAUAUGGAGGUGCGCAACACUCUUCCUUCCUCCUUCCUCCUCACUCAUCUUCUUGGCUGCACACAGGGCGGCCUGGGUAGGGGACACAAAAUCCAUACGCAGUUAUCUCAAUGCAGGCGGCUCUCCAGACAUCCUCGAUGAGCAGGGCCGCACGCCGUUGGUGUUUGCAGCUGGCUACGGCCGGGAAGCUGCCGUGCAGCUUCUUCUGGAUGCCGGAGCGAGCGUUGCAGCUUCUGCUUGCGGUGUCAGCGCCCUGCACAGGGCAGCUGCCAGGGGACACGCGAAUAUCAUAGGGUGCUUUUUGCGCAAUGGCGCCGAUGUGGCUAGUGUAGACUCCGAUGGCUGCACAUCGCUACACUUGGCAUGCAGGUUUGGCCACGCAGCUGCAGCCCGAGCGCUCAUCCACGCUGCAGGGGAGCAGUGGUAUCGAGAUAGGGUUGUUGAUGCGUUGGACGGGGCGGGGCAUGCAUGCCUGCACAGCGCUGCCCAGUGGGGACACAGAGAGGUGGCAGAAGCGCUUCUGAGAGAAGGUGGCGCGGACAUCACAGUGCAGUCGCAGCCAGAGGGCCUCACAGCGAUGCACCUGGCGGCACGAUGGGGCCAUGUGCCGGUGCUCGAGCUGCUGGAUAGUCAUCUGCAGACGGGACAGCCGACGCCUGUUUUGGAGCCAGCUGCGCCUGUGCAAAGAGCCCCUGAGGAAAGAAUUCCUCCAGUAGAGGCUACUGGAAACGAACUCUGUGAACGACUGGCGUACUACAGGUACGCAGCUGACAGGAUCCGAAUAGUGUAUCUCACACAUUUUGAGUUCCACGAAAGCGUGACCAACUGGUCAGGGACAGUCUACAUCUUCCCCCUGCUGGGAGCCUUCCUGGCAGACUCCUACUGGGGCCGCUACAACACCAUCAUCAUCUUCUCCAUCAUCUACAUCCUGGGCUUGGUGGGUGUCACGCUAAGCGCUGGAGUUCCGGCGCUGAAUGAGGGCUACAAUGGCAUCAAUUCCAGCUCAUUUUUCAUUGGCAUGCUCUACAUCGUGGCUCUGGGGACGGGGGGCAUCAAGCCCUGCGUGUCCUCUUUUGGCGCGGACCAAUUCGAUGAGAGCGAUCCAAAGCAGGCUCGCGAGAAGAGCUCCUUCUUCAACUGGUUCUACUGGAUGAUCAACAUAGGAGCGCUCAUCGCCAGUCUGCUCGUGGUCAACCUCCAGACAAAGGUCAGCUGGGCGUGGGGUUACGCAGUGCCCACAAUGGCGUUUGGAGUGGCUCUGGCUCUGUUUUUGUUAGGCACCCGGCUGUAUCAACACGUGCCCCCUGGCGGAUCAGCCCUCACGCGCAUCGGGCAGGUGCUGUUUGCAUGCGUGAGGAAGAUCCGAGUGAAGCCGCCCAAGGAUAACAAGCUGCUUUAUGAAGUGGAUGACAAGCAGUCGGCCGUGAAAGGGAGCAGGAAACUGACCCACACUGAGCAGAUGAGGUGGUUGGACCGUGCGGCCACGCCCAUGCCACAACGGGCCCCGGGCCGGCAGGAGAAGUGGCUGUACACAGUAACGCAGGUGGAGGAAGUCAAACGCAUGCUGGGAUUUGUUCCCAUCAUGAUCGCCACCAUCGUCUUCAACACAGUGUACGCUCAGAUGUCCACCGUCUUUGUGGAGCAGGGGCUGACGAUGGACCUGAGCAUGGGCCCCAACUUCAGCAUCACGUCGGCGUCGCUGUCGGCCUUUGAUACGAUUGCCAUCAUUCUGCUAAUUCCCUUCUACGACCGGAUAUUGAUCCCCUUCCUCACCCGCUACAACCUGCAGCCCUCCUACCUGCAGCGUGUGGGAAUCGGCCUUGUGAUAUCCACAUUCUCCAUGGUGGUGGCAGCAAUAGUGGAGGCAGUGAGGCUGGGCGAGGUGCACCGGCUCGGCCUUGAGAACAGCACAGACCCAGUGCCGAUGAGCGUCUUCUGGCUGGUACCCCAAUACUUCAUCAUUGGCGCUGCAGAAAUUAUGGUCAACAUCGGCACCCUCGAGAUGUUUUACUCCGAGGCACCUGACGCCAUGCGGUCACUGGGCAGUGCGCUGCAGCUGCUGACCACCUCCCUCGGCAGCUACCUGGCAUCUGCCGUCACCAGCAUCGUCGCCUCUGCCACUACCAAGAACGGCGCAGUUGGAUGGCUACCCAACAAUCUGAAUCAGGGGCGCUUGGACUAUUACUACGUCGUCCUAGUCAUCAUGUCCGUCCUCAAUGUCUUCUUCUUCAUCUCUGUCGCCAGGAUGUACAAGUACAAAAAGGUUGAAACUCGAAACUUUGACCCCGAGGGAACGCCAGCUGGCGUCGUGGACACGCCACAUGGCGGCCUGGAAGUGGAGACACAUCACGAAGCCAAAUCUGGCACCGCCUCGAGGCCCCACAACUAUCAACCCCUGACCCCGCCCUGCUAUGGGCGCAUCUCCGGGGGCGAUGCACGCGACUGA